GUGCACAACAUGGACUCGGUGCUACCUCAAAGUGUGGAUUCAGUGUUAGGAGAGCAACAGGAAGACACACGCAAGCCUGACUGAAAGAGAGUGGAACCAUGACAAUGUGAGUCUGAACGGCCACGCAGGAUGCUGUGGAGGAUUGCACAUCUAAUUACUAGAGCCGCAUGGCACGGCUCCACUAAUCCAGCGCCUCCUCCAGAGAACACAGAGGAGUUCCAGAGAGGAGUGUGGGCCUUAAGCACAGGUCUGUGUGAUGCCCUGAUGACCAUGGAUGUGAUGCUGUGCACAGCCUCUAUCUUCAACCUCUGUGCUAUCAGCGUGGAUCGGUUCAUCGCUGUUUCCAUCCCACUGAACUACAACCGGCAGCAGAUUGACCUGCGGCAGCUGAUCCUCAUCUCCACCACUUGGAUCUUUGCCUUCGCCGUGGCAUCCCCGGUCAUCUUCGGCCUCAACAACGUCCCAGACAGGGACCCCACCUUGUGUCAGCUAGAGGACAACAACUACAUCGUCUACUCCUCUAUCUGCUCCUUCUUCAUCCCCUGUCCCGUCAUGCUGGUCCUCUACUGUGCCAUGUUCCAGGGACUCAAGCGGUGGGAGGAAGCCAGGAAGGCCAAGCUGAAGAGCAGCAUCUAUGCAGGCGGCAGGAAGCGCUGUUGCCCACCUCCCCUCGUGGAGAGGAGGCAGGCUGAGAUCAAGCUGGAGGAGUGCAACCUGUAUACCCCCUCCGAUUGCUCUCUGCCCAGGGGGUACGUGAUGAGCAGUGGCAUCCAGACUAUCUCCUACCCUCGUCUCCAGUACUCUCACCCAGGACACAAACAGAAACAGGCUAAGAUCAAUGGCCGUGAGAGGAAGGCUAUGAAGGUGCUGCCAGUUGUAGUUGGUGCUUUUCUUUUCUGUUGGACACCUUUCUUCGUAGUACACAUAACAAGAGCCCUCUGCAAAUCCUGCACAGUCCCCAGCCAGGUCACCAGCAUUGUCACAUGGCUGGGCUACGUGAACAGUGCCCUCAACCCCAUCAUCUACACCAUCUUCAACACAGAGUUCAGGAAAUUCUUCCGCAAAGCUAUGCACGUCUUCUGCUAAUGAUGGUUCCUGCUGGAGGCAGGGUGGAGCUAAUUCCCGGAGCACAGAUGAGGACCUUGUGUGAUUUUUUUUUUUUUUGUAUAGCUCAUUAAAGUUUGAUUUCUU